AGGGGUGGAGCCUGAGUGAGGAGCCCGCCAGCUGCCCUCUAUCACCGGAUGACGACUGGGUGGAUAACAUGGAGCCGAGCAAGAUGGCGGCUCCCAAGAACGCUCCAAGAGAUGCCUUGGUGAUGGCACAGAUCCUGAAAGAUAUGGGAAUUACAGAGUACGAACCAAGGGUUAUAAAUCAAAUGUUGGAAUUUGCUUUCCGAUAUGUGACUACAAUUCUGGAUGAUGCAAAAAUUUAUUCAAGCCAUGCUAAGAAACCUAAUGUUGAUGCAGAUGAUGUGAGACUGGCAAUCCAGUGUCGUGCUGACCAAUCUUUUACCUCUCCUCCCCCAAGAGAUUUUUUACUGGAUAUUGCAAGGCAGAAAAAUCAAACCCCUUUACCACUGAUUAAGCCAUAUGCAGGACCUAGACUGCCACCUGACAGAUACUGCUUAACAGCUCCAAACUAUAGGCUGAAGUCCUUGAUUAAAAAGGGACCUAACCAAGGAAGACUAGUUCCACGGUUAAGUGUUGGUGCUGUUAGUAGCAGACCUACCACUCCUACUAUAGCGGCCCCACAAACAGUAUCUGUCCCAAAUAAGGUUGCAACUCCAAUGUCAGUGACAAGCCAAAGAUUUACGGUGCAGAUUCCACCUCAGUCCACACCUGCCAAACCAGUUCCCGCAACAACUGCAGUUCAAAAUGUUCUAAUUAAUCCUUCAAUGAUUGGACCCAAAAAUAUUCUUAUUACCACCAAUAUGGUUUCAUCACAGAAUACUGCCAAUGAAUCAAAUCCAUUGAAGAGAAAACAUGAAGAAGAUGAUAAUGAUACUAUGUAAGGAAUGUAGUCUAGCCUAGAUCCAUUUCAAAAGUUUAGUUGGUUUUGAGCCCAGUACACUGAACUAGAGCAUUCUAGAUAUUCUUAAGUUGUAUCUUAGAAAACUUAAACAUAGCUGUGAUAUUUUUCACAUUAGUUAAAACUGUUAGAUUUCAUUAGUAAGAGUAGAAAUGUUAUGCUUUAAAUACAAAAAGUUAAGUAAUUGUUUCUAAAGACUCAUUAAUGCCAAGUCCUACUAUGGCAAAUUCUAUUUUUGGAAGCAGUUUUCUGCCAUGUAUCACUGACAGCAGCACUUAAGUUUCAAUUUCUAAUGUAGGGUCAGUGACUAAUCUUUAACAGCAUAAUUUGUAAUUUACAUUUAAAUUAUUUCUUUGUAAGGUAAAUAGUCAUCUUUAUUGUCACUAAAUUCUUUGACCAAAACUCUCAAUUUAGGAAACAUUUCUGAGAUUGAUUUAGAGAAAUUCUAAAUCCAUUUUGAAUGUAUUUGUGUUUUGGUCUUUCCUAACUUUCCACUUCCUCUCAAUACCCUUUCUAGAUCCCAUUCGUUUUCUGUACCCCCUAUAGGCUUAAGUUUCUCCCCAUUCCUCUUAAAUUAAAAAAGCCAAAACUGGAAAUUUUAAAGUAUCAUUCCUCAUAGUACAGUUGAGUAUCAUUUUCAUAUUUGUAAAACAUGCUCUACAUGCCUGAUGUUGUUUCACUUAAAUUGAAGGUUAUAUUUGCUGUUUUUCUCUAUGUACAAGAGCAGUUUGGUUUUUCCCUUGCCUUUUGCACCUAUUGACUUUUACUCUGCUUUUGACAUGUAGUCGGUUACAUUCAGUUUCAGCCUUUUAUUCCAAGUUGAUAACUAUACUCAUUCCAGAGUUCUAAAUUUGACAUAGAAGAUGCGAUAGCUUAUUAAAAUCUGCCUUGACAAGUAUAUUUACACUGGACCGAGGCAAAACCACUGUAGAGCAACUGUUUUCUUCCUUUCUAGCACAUGCAGUGUGCUUUGAUCACUACUGCUUGAACCCUCCUACUGGUAUAAUUCAGAUCCUUGUUUCUCGCUUGUUGCUGAGGAUGUCAUACAUAAGAUAGGAUCAAACCUCAAAGAAGAUUUUAAUGGUUCUCCUUCCUCAGUAAGGCCAAGAAGGAAAAAAAGUUUGUGUGAUAUGACUUGUAUUUAGGUGAACUCUGCCUAGGUUUCCCAGUAUAGCUAUGUUGCUAAACACUUUUCCCUAUUUUCCAUUUAAACACAUCUAAAAAUUUUAUUGGGAAAGAUUGCAAAACUUUCACAAAUAUAACAAGACCUUUUCUGUAUUUCUUGAGUUUAAGUAAAUUUAAUUUAGUAAUACUUUUGCAGAAUUUUCUAAAAUAAAUUGUUCGUAUAAUUUAGAAUUUGUAGCCAAGGAUCCUCAAAGUUUAAAAACAUCAAGUUUCAUCCUAGGAUGGUGCUUGAUAAGUCUGAGAGAAAUCGUUCUGUAACAGGGUAGAAAUGUCCAUGACAGUUCGUUUCUGGAUAUUAGGGAAAGGAGGUAUAAAACUUAUUAAAAACAGAUCUGAUCAAACAUCAUAGAGGAGAAAUGUUGAUUAUGUAGCAUAUGAUAUCAUAAUUUGAAUGUUCUCAGGGAGGCAGCAUGUCAAAAGGCCAAGGCUCUAGUCCUGGCUCCAUCAUUUAUCAACUGUGUGACAUUAUUUCACCUCUGAGCCUUGUUCUCCUCUCCAGUAAUAGGAAAAUAACACCAACUCUGCCUACCUCACAGGGAUGUUGUGAGGGUUUAAUUGGUAUAUGUGAAAGGUCUUUCAAAAUUGUAAAAUGCUAUACAACUAUAAGGGUUUAUUAUUGUAUUUGUUCCAAGGUUAUUAAUAAAUAUCUGAACAUUA